AUGAGCUGAAGCAGGAAACAAUUUCUGUUCCCAUCUUCAUCAUGUACUACUCAAUGUGGCUGCUCUUUCUGUGUGUCACUGAACUAUCCAUGGUCACUGCCACUGCUAUGACUCAACCAGUUACUUCAUCUUCUGUGAAUCCAACACUAUCCGUUACUAAUACCAAUGUAGUAUCUUUGCAGACUUCAGCUCAAAAACCAUCCAAUACAAAUACUCCAGCCCCUUUUACUACUCCAGUACCUUCCAAUUCUUUAUUAUCUUCUACUAGUUCAGUGCCUUCUAUUCCAAUACCAUCUAGCACUCCUCAACUCCCUAUUCUUGGUUCAAUUCGAGCUAGUGUUUCUCCUAGGUUCAUUACAUUUAAAUGGUCUGCAACUUUUAAUGGCGUCAAUAGUUCGUCUUAUAAUUUUGUUAUAAGCACAGACGUAACACCUUCCACUUCCACUGGAGGUACUGUGUCUCUCAGAAUAGUCUCUGGUUCUACAAGGAGUCUAGUUCUUGGGCCACACACCCACAAAUCAGUUGUUCUUAUGAGCAUAGCAUUAUGUGAAUCAGGUAAUUCCUUUGCUCUAGCAACAAAAUGUAUUGAGGAUGACACAAGGAGAAGAUCAGUUACUGUUAUUCAUCCAGAAUGCAGUCUAGACUGCACCUAUCCUAAUGGAAUACAGAGUUUGGACUGCACGGAGUGCAUAUGCAGGACAACAGCAUAUGUAGGGCAACACUGCAAUAGACCAACCUUUUCACCAUCAAUAACUUCAGCUAUCAUGAGGGACAAUGGUACAGUGCUAAUGUCAUGGAACUUUGCAUACCGUGAUGUGUCUGUGGAUCAGUUCUUCAUAUCAGUGAAUAAUACAAUGACAGGGAGAAGAGUACAGGCACAUUAUCUUCAAAACUCAACACGAAGAAAUUGGACUCUAAAGUCACUUGCUGCUGACAACUAUUACACAUUACAAGUAUCUGUCAUGUCUGGAAAUAUCACAGUUCCAUCGGAACCUUUUGAAGUGUUUAUACCUCAAAAUAAUAGCUCUGAAAAGCAACUUCAAUCUAAUGCUGGAUACGUAGUUGCAAUUGGGGUCACAGUUAGUGUUUCAUUAGCAAUACUAAUGAUAGGAAUCAUUUGCACAGUGCUAAUUAUGAAAUGCUGGUAUCAUUCAAAGGCAAGGAAUGAACAAGGAGCUGAAGGUGAUAUAAAUCCGCCAGUGCAGGUGGAACAUGUACAGACAAACCUUGAAGAGUCAGUGCAACUCAAUUUUAAUCCUGCAUACACUGCCAUGGAGAUACAACAUGAUAACAAUAGGCAUGUUGGACGUACACGCACUAAUAGGGUACCUAAUGGAGGAGAAGUACAGGAUCGUUUAUACGAGUCAUUCCAUUCAACAGGAUCAACUCUGUUCUAUGACUAUGUAUCAACAACUGAAAGAAUUUAAAAUAACAAGAAUUUUAUGUAGUGCUUCAGAGACCCAUUAAUUAUUUUUUAAAUGUGUCUUUCAUUAAUUAAUCCUCAGGUUAAACCAUUA